UCACGGUCACGUGGCUGCAGUUUACCUACUGUCCUGUGCUCUAGCGUCUGGGAGACCAUGUGACCUGGAAGUGAUUGGCGCGGUUUUGGCGCGCUGGAUAGCGGAGUUGAACACUGAGCACAUUGGUGCGUCAUAGGCAGCAGAAUGCAGGCGUUUCUGAAAGGGAGCACGGCUAUCAGCACUAAGCCCGUGAAGGAGAAGACGUCUGCCUCCACUUCUGGCAGCAGCGUUGACGGCAAGAAGCAGAAGCUGGUUCCAUGGGUGGAGAAAUACCGGCCGAAAUGUGUGGAUGAAGUGGCUUUCCAGGACGAAGUGGUGGCUGUGUUGAAGAAGUCACUGGAAGGAGCCGAUCUCCCUAAUCUUCUGUUCUACGGCCCACCCGGAACUGGGAAAACAUCUACAAUUUUGGCAGCAGCCAGAGAGUUGUAUGGGCCAGAAUUGUUUCGAAGGCGUGUUCUGGAAUUAAACGCAUCUGACGAAAGAGGAAUACAAGUAGUUCGGGAGAAAGUGAAAAACUUUUCUCAGCUGACAGUUGGUGGCUCCCGUCCUGAUGGCAAACCUUGCCCCCCAUUUAAAAUCGUUAUCCUGGAUGAAGCCGACUCUAUGACAUCAGCUGCACAGGCUGCUUUGAGGCGCACCAUGGAAAAAGAGUCUAAAACAACUCGGUUUUGUCUCAUUUGUAAUUAUGUCAGUAGGAUUAUUGAACCUUUAACAUCGAGAUGUUCUAAGUUUCGAUUUAAACCACUGGCAGAUGGCAUACAAACCCAAAGAAUUCUGGAUAUCUGCAAAAAGGAAAAUGUGCAAAUUACAACUGAGGCCGUAAGUCAUCUGGUUGAGGUUUCAGAAGGAGACUUGAGGAAAGCAAUCACAUUCCUACAAAGUGCCACCAGGCUUACUGCAGGCAAGGAGAUUACAGAACAAGUGGUAACUGAAAUAGCCGGGGUGAUCCCUAAGGAAACCUUUGAAAGAGUCUUGGCAGCUUGUCGGAGCGGAUCUUUUGAAAAGCUAGAAAUUGUAGUGAAGAAUUUGAUAAAUAGUGGCCAUGCAGCAACACAGCUUGUAAACCAGCUUCAUGAUAUUAUACUCGAACGAGAAGAUCUGACUGACAAACAGAAGGCGAUCAUUACAGAGAAACUUGCAGAAGUGGACAAGUGUUUGGCUGAUGGAGCAGAUGAAUACCUACAAAUACUCAGUCUUUUUGCAGUUGUUAUGCAACAAAUGACUCAGAACAGCUAAUGUAGUCUAUUUCUUGGAGUCACUUAUUUUUUUUUUUUUCUUUGUAUAAAUGCUAACUUUUUGCUAAAAGUGACUUGGAAGCUUGUUUUAUUUUGGGACGUGUGUAAAGCUUAUUAUUUGUAAGUGAUGUUUUUUUCAUAUACAGAUCUUUGGCAUACUAGUGAUAUUUGUUACUUGUUUGUGUCGGGAAGUUAUCACUGCUUUAGGAAGUAGAGAAUGGCGGGGAACCCACGGCCUUGGAAAAGGAUGGACAUUCUAUUUAACCCCUCUCUACUCUUUGCCAUAAUAAAUUGCGGCAGAAAGGUAGUUAACUUGCAAUGCUAUACUGUUUUAGGGCAGUGAUGGCUCAGGAGCUGGGCCUGCACCAUCCCUUGACGGUGACGCUGUAAAAACCAGAAGUAAGAUGACUCCAAUUCCGGUUAUUUAGCACCUGUCCCCCUCCCCGAUGCGGGUCCUGAGGUUUCCAUACCAACCAUUCUACCUUUUAUAGAACACAUAGGAUGGCACUCCCAGAGCUAACAGUAGUACAGCCGGUGCACUCCUCUACAGGGAUCUUCCAAAGUAGAAAGUGGAGGGAGCACUGCUCAACCUGUGGCCCUCCAGCUGUUGUAAAACUACGACUCCCACCAUGCCUUUCUGUAGGCUGUCCAGGAAUGAUGGGAGUUGUAGUUUUGCCACAGCUGGAGGGCUGCAGUUUGAGCAUGCCGGCUGUAGAUUAAUUGAAACCAAGGGGCACGUUUAUGAAGUGAUUUACACCACAAUAGUUGCAGAUUUCGCACACUUUUUGCAGCCAAAUCUGUGACUGUUCCCCUUCCUUUCCACGUUUCAGAAGUGCAGAGAAAAGAAGGGUGGGGAGCAGUUCGCACAGCAGACCUGGCACAUUUAUCUUUACUCAUGCCACAAAAGUGUGAAUGAAGAAGAAUCUACAGCAGCUAGGAGGCUGGUAUUCGUGUUUGGCGGAACGCAAAACAACGGUCAUGUGCAUGAGUCCUUAAAGGGGUUAUCCAGGAAUGAAUAAUGAUGACCUGUCCUCAUUGGCAGGGGUUUGAGCCCGGCACCCCUGCUGAUCAGCAGUUACAGGUUGCUGCCACUCUCACCAUAGCUCCUGGCAGCUUACUAAGCACAGUGCAGUACACUGUAUGGUGGCUUUGCUUGGUAUUGCAGCUCAGCCCCAUUCACUUCAGUUGGUGGCUGAGCUGCAACUAGGCCAUGUGGCAAAAGUACAGUGACAUCACAUGGCCUAGGAAGAGGCCGGGGCACUCGCAGAGCAUCAGACUCAUCUAACAGCUGAUCAGUGGUUGUCAAUAUUAAUUGAUAACCCCUUUAAAGAUAACUGACCAUGCAUGUGAAGUGCUGAGCUUUUACCACAACACCCAUAAUCUAUGAAUGAGAGAGCCACGUGCAUUCCUGGUCUCCUACUCUCUCUGAAGUGCUUAUUGGAGAAGGGGACCCCCAUCAUCCCAAUAGGUGUGUCCUGGAAGUGGAACCUAUACCUAUUGGAUAGUUAUUAAAUUGAUAUGCCAUAAAUGAUGCCCUUUAAGUUUUAGGUUGCAGUUACUUGGUGAUGUGCGAUGUUGCAUUGAAACAUAGAAUGUGUCGGAAGAUAAGAACCAUUUGGCCCAUCUAGUCUGCCCAAUGCAUGCCAUGCAAUCCAUUGCAUGGAGUCAGAUGUGAUGUGACCUAAUGCAUGGCAUGACCGGCACAAAAAUCUAACCCACUUUGGACUAAGAUGCUUUUAGCUGAGAUAAAUAUAAAGGUAUUUAAAUUCCUGGUGAAGGCAGUGAAUGAGAACUGGAGCGGAUGUAUACUUCAGUUAUUCAGAACUGCUGGUCAUGUUGCUGUCUCCUCUGCAGUUCUCUCUAGAACGCUCGCUGAGCUCUUCUUUUCUAUGGUAACUGUAUGUAAAGGCUCUGCCAAAAUGCAUAUUUUAAUGCAAAUAAAGU